GGUACAGCGCCGCCCGCCGCUCGAGCAGCGUGCUUGGCCCCCUCGACCGCCAUCGACAGCCAUCGACGGACCCUGGUCGUCGCGCAAAUGUCGGCCAGAUGCCUUCCCCUAUGAAACCGCUGCUGCACUCGACGGCACUUCACCUGCAAUUUGCGACAGCGCUGCGUUGUCUCCUCUGUAGCCUACAGUGCCCGUCAUCGUGACCACGCGUCGCUUCGAUCAGCACAGCAGGCCCUGCACCACGAUAGGUACCGGAGAAAUCCUGCAUGCAUCUCUCUCGAUCCGUCUUCGCCACGAGGCGUCUCCCCUACCGUCAUCCAACUGCAGGUGCAGGAUCCAUGCACGGACCACAUCUUUAACUCUACCAUCUACCAUCCCUAACUCGCGAGUCAAGCAUCGACAGUUCCCUUCAGGAGAGCAAACUAGGCACCGCUGCCGUUUGCCCCGGGUGAACCAUUCUGUUUGCCACAAUGGAGACCACUAGUUUGGUGAACGCCUUCAGAUGUCUGCCGACCAAUGACUCGAGGCAGCAAGCUCUUGGAGCUCUCAUGAAUGAACUGACCCCGUACGAGUGGAGAACACUGCAGUCCAUCACCAGCGCUCGCUCUUUUCAAGUCGACAUUGUUGGGCGGCUCCCGGUAGAGCUGGUACCUCAGAUCUUCUCCUACCUGGACGUUGCCACACCGUACCGCCUGCAGCUCGUCUCCAGACGAUGGUGCCACAUCUUGCGGAGUCUUGAUGUGCUCAAAAGAAGUUUGAAUGGUUGGUACCAUGGCACAGUCGACCUCCAAGGCGCCGAUUACGCCUUGUACGAGCGCAAAGCACAAGAUAUUCAGGCGUUUCGUACCGGCAAUCCAAGAAGCCGCUUCAUGAUCAAGUUUAGUGAUGACGCAUCGUAUCCUGUUCUAUCCGGCAACACUCUGAUCUGGCGUCCACCACAAGUCAAACGGCUGAUGUAUGCACUCGAUCUGAGCACGUGGCGCCUUACUACUUUAAGAGGAGCAGCCCGGGAAUAUAUAUCCAAAUCCUUUGUGUCGGAUCAGCUCGUGGCAUUCGUGACUAUGACCAACGUCUUCUACGUUUCUGAGCUGAAUGGACAAGGUCAAAGGAGCUUCACACUGCCAAGUUGUGAGUAUUGUAACGCUGUCACCAUUCGUGGACGCACAGUCGCGUGUGCAACACACUUCGAUGACCGUGUUUUUGUAUACAUCUGGGACUAUGAUACCCAACAGGGAAAAUCGUUUGACAUACGUCGCCCAUCACCUCUUGUCAAACCAUGCGAUGGAAGUGGCCAUAUUUCCGAUUUUACUCCUGGCAUCAAGCUUCUGGUCCAGCCAGAGAGCAAGAGCAUCAUCAUCGUCAGCGACAAUUACUGCUUUUUUGGGCAAGUGGUGAACACGCAUUCUCCGUCCGGUGUUUCGCCCAGCAGACCACCAACGCACAUAAUGUGUAGUCGCUUCUCAUACACAGGCGAGUGUAUCCAGGCUCCACAUACAAUCUUAACACAAUGCAAUCUCGACCUGGAUAGCUUCAUCCCCAUAGGCCUAUGUGGGUUGUUUGAGAUUUCUGUCCAUGUAACAGGACCGGGCAUCUUUGGGAAUACCACCUGUGUCCGUAUGUUAUUUGACGAGCAUCUCGGCAGAUUCACAGAUGCAAGAUGUCCUUUGACUGGAGCCAUGUCAGAGUCUUCUCAGUAUGUGGCCUGUUGGAACGAUACAUCCUACAAAACCUGGAUCCGUGAUAUUAAUGGGGAAACACAAGUUCUGGAAUUCGGAGGGACAAAUGACUACCCGGACUCCAAGCCUCUAGAUUGUAUACCCAGCCGUUUCGUCGAGUCCAGAUACGGAUGUCCAAACACUCAUACUUUGAUGUUAUUAAACGAUCGAUACGUCAUUCGUACAGGCACCUUUGCCUUUCGUGUAUUUUGCUUUGACGAAAGUAGUGAACGUCCAAAGCAGAGCGGACCUUUGUUUGAUUUUGGAACAAUUAUAGUCGACGACGACGGGGAGGAUCUGACAGUAGCUUUACCACAUAGUUGAUAUGAGCAAGCUGUAGACCAACCAAUGAAAGAGACAGUUACAGUGCUCCCUGCAUGGAUAUCUUUCGAGAAGCAAGUUACUACAAUAGCCGUAUUCUAGAAAGUGGAAGAACAGUAACGUCUUGGGCGAUGAUAUAUUUCCUGCACUUACAAUGUUCU